AUGAGUGUCCGCGUGGUCGCCCGUAUCCGGCCACUGUUGAAGAACGAGCUGGACAAGGACAAGAUUGUCGAGGCCGCGGAUAACAAGACGGUGGUGAGGAUCCCGAAUCCGAAGAACGAGGCCGAAUUGUACUCGUUUCAGUUCAGCAGCGUGUAUGAUGAGGCGGCCACGCAGCAGGAUAUGUUCGAGAACGAGGUCUCGCCUACGGUCAAGCAUCUGUUCAAGGGCUGCGAUGUCACCCUUUUCGCGUACGGAGUGACGGGCACGGGAAAGACACAUACGAUGAGGGGAGGGAAGAGUUUGGCAGAUCGAGGCGUUAUUCCCAGACUACUAUCGAGCAUAUACCGACGAGCGCGGAAGGUCGAGAAGGAUACUGCCAACGCGACGCAGGUCGAAGUCGCGAUGAGCUACUACGAGAUUUACAACGACCGAGUGUUCGAUCUGUUUGAGCCACCCGAGAAGCGAACACCAGCAGGCUUGCCGAUCAGGGACAAUCAGAGUGGAAAAGCGGUUGUUGUUGGCCUCACCGAGCGGCCCUGCACGACAUUGAAAGAGUUUGAGCAGCUAUACGACCAGGCGAACCUGAACAGAUCGACAUCUGCUACUAAGCUGAAUGCGCACUCUUCUCGAUCACAUGCUGUACUUUGUGUCAAGGUCACGCAAACCACGGGCGAAGAAGUACAGUUCAGCACGGCUUCAGCAAUCGAUCUUGCGGGAUCAGAGGACAAUCGUCGAACAGACAACAACAAGGAGCGCCUUGUGGAAAGUGCGAGCAUCAACAAAUCUCUUUUCGUUCUUGCGUCAUGCGUGGAGGCCAUAUCCAAGAAGCAAAGUCGGAUACCAUAUCGAGAGUCGAAGAUGACGCGAAUCCUCGCGCUUGGUCAGAACAAUGGACACUGCGUUAUGAUCUUGAAUCUCGCACCUGUGCGAAGUUACCAUCUGGAUACGCUCAGCAGUCUGAACUUUGCGAACCGCACGAAGAAGAUCGAAGUCAACGAGAUUGAGAAUCAACCAUUUUUCCGAGAUCCUCUUCCUGGCAAGAACAAGCUCGAGGGCAAGCCUGAUGCACCGGCUAUGAACCGACAACCACUGCGGCCUAAGCUCUUGUCGCAGAACAGUCAUCUGAAGGAAGUUGGCAAUGUGCCCAAACCAGCGAAGCAAUUCUCUGUCUACUCUGACAAGCCGAAGACUACCCAAAAGCCAACCUCUCUCGCCAACACAGCCCAAUCGCGAGCGCUGACUUCGCAAAUAAAGUCGCCUAAGAGAAUCGCAAGCAAUGAGGGCCUUGGGAGACCGACGAAGGCAUCAAAGCCGAACGCUGCUGAGGCUGGGAUGUCGAAAGAUGCAAUUGAAGCAUUGAUCGAGCGAAAAGUGACUGAGGCACUGGCUGGUCGUGUUGACCAGAGCACUGUCUCGUCAGGAGAUGUCAUCUCCGACGAAGUGCAGAAGAGGCUGGAUGCAUUGGAGAAGCGUGUUGAGGGGCAAGAGACUGAACGAGCAGAAGGUCUACAGUACCUGCUCAUGGCGAAACAGCACCAGGUCCGUGGCGAAGACGUGAGCGCAUUGAAGAUGUAUCAGUUGGCACUGCCUUUCUUCAGUGACAAUCAGAAGCUUGUCCGCAAGAUGGCUGCUCUGCAGGAGAAGAUCAAUGUGAAGAAGGCAGAGAAACAUGCGGCGGCUGAGAUACAGGAUGAGCCAGAGCCGGAACCUGUUCCAGUUGAGAAGCCUGCAGUUCGUCGGAAAUUGAAGACCGACGAGGACGACGACUACCACGAAGAGCACGAUGACGGCCCGAAUCAUGACGACGAGGACAGCUUCAUCUACAGACCACGAACCAAGAUACGACGACCACAACUGAACAACCGCAUGGCGCCCAUUCAACCGGCCGUAAAACACUCGCCGACACCCGAGGAAGACUCGGAAGAUGAGUUGGCGAACUCUUUACUCAAUCAGACUCCGCGAACGAAGCAGCUGCUCGACAUCAUCAACACCAAGGAUGUCAGCAAGAUCAAGUUGCUCAAAGGUGUUGGUGCGAAGAAGGCUGAAGCCAUUGUGAACUGCCUCUGCGAUCUCGAUGAUAGUGUCACAUCGUUGGGACAAUUGGGCAAGCUGAAGGGCGUGGGCGUCAAGACCGUCGAGAACAUGCGCACUGGAUUGCAAGCAUAG